CACAUUCAUUUCAAACUUCAAACCAUAUCAAUAAAAUUUCUAGUCCAACGUAAUAACACCUUCAUAUCUUUCAACUUUCCCAGCUGCCCCCAAUCCUUUUAUAUAGACUCGUGCAUCGCACUCAUUUGAAAGACUUCUCUAAUUUCCUCACAUUUCGAUUUUAUAUUUAUGGACAGAGGAUGGGGCCUCACCCUCGAUCAUUCCGAGUUUUUUGCGAACAAGCCCGUUUUCGAUCGUCAUAGGAGCGGAUUGGCUAUGUUUCCGAGCCGCAGAGGAGAGUCGCCCGAGCACCGGGAAGUCGACUUCUUCGCUGAGAAAACGAAGAAGCCGCUUGUCAAGAACGAAGACUCCAACCCUGAACUGUCGGCAACCAUAGAUUUCGACGUUAACAUUGGUUUGCAGCUUGUGACUGCUAAUACCGGAAGCGAUCAAUCCACGGUGGACGACGGCGAGGGUAAAGAUAAGCGAGCUAAGAGUGAGCUUGCACAACUUCAAGCUGAAUUGGAGAGGAUGAAUGUGGAGAAUCAGAGGUUGAGAGGGAUGCUUAGUCAGGUCAGCAGCAACCACGCGUCGCUGAAGAUGCAUCUCAUGACGAUGAUGCAACAAAAGGCUAGCACCCAAGAACAAGAGGUGAUCAUCAUCAUCAUUCUUCAAAUUGAUUGUUAUAGAUUGAUGAUGGCAGCCAUGCUAAUUAUAGUAAAUAUGCUUCUCUCCCAGAUCACCGAAGAGAAAAAGAAGAAUGGCGGCGGUGCAAGACAGUUCCUAGCGUUAGCUCCCGAGCAAUCGAAUUCCGUGUCGGAAGAGAGAACGGUGUCGGGAUCGCCUCAGAAUAAUUUAGACGCGACAAGGAGUAAGAGAUCCGGCCGGGAGGAGAGCCCGGAAUCCGAAAGCUGGGCCCCGGGAGCAAAGAGAUUGAACCCGACCAACGCUAAUCAACAAUCCAUCGAGGCCACCAUGAGGAAGGCCCGUGUCUCAGUCCGAGCUCGUUCAGAAGCUCCCAUGAUAUCUGAUGGAUGUCAGUGGAGAAAAUACGGCCAGAAAAUGGCGAAAGGGAAUCCGUGCCCACGAGCCUACUACCGUUGCACGAUGGCGCUCGGGUGUCCGGUCCGUAAACAGGUACAAAGGUGCGCCGAGGAUCAGACAAUAUUAAUCACAACGUACGAGGGCACCCACAACCACCCAUUGCCGCCGGCCGCCAUGGCCAUGUCGUCCACCACUUCCGCGGCCGCCAGCAUGCUCCUCUCCGGCUCGAUGCCGAGCGCCGACGGCCUAAUGAACCCCAACUUUCUCCCCCGAACAAUCCUCCCUUGCUCCUCAAACAUGGCCACAAUCUCCGCCUCAGCUCCUUUCUCCACCGUCACUCUCGACCUCACCCAAUCGCCCAACGCUUUACAAUACCAACGGCCGCCGCCGCACUUCCAGGUCCCAUUUCCCAUCUCCGCGCCUCCGGUUUUCGGACAACCCCUAUACAAUCAGCCCAAGUUUUCCGGCCUCCAAAUGCCGAAAUCUGCCAACGAAGCGCCACAGCUGCCGGCGCCGGCUCAGCCGUCCUUCACCGACACGGUUAGCGCGGCGACGGCCGUGAUCACGGCCGAUCCCAACUUCACGGCCGCCCUCGCGGCGGCGAUCUCCUCCAUCAUGGCGAAUAACGGAAACCACACUCCCAGCAGCAACAACGAUGACAACAACAAUAGCUAACCCUAACGUAAAUACAUAAUUAGCAAGUUUUUUCGACGAGGUGUUAGUUAAUCAAAGUGUUCGAGUUCUUCAUUUGUUAUUACAUGGUCAUAAUUUCGUACGAGUUCGUAUCAAAUAGUUUUUCCUUUUUUGUUUCGGGUAUAGAAUUCUGGGUGUAGAUACACUGUGGAAUUAACAUGUCCAUAUUAGUUUUGUCUUUGUAAUGUUUAGGACACAAAAAUACAUUCUUUCCCUUAUUA